ACGAAGUGGAAAGAGAUCGAGAUACGAGUAACCUGCCUGACUAAUGACUGUCCAAACAUAAGGGCAAGCCUGUAUGGAGAAGGCUAUUUUAGCCACAAUGACACUGAGGUGAUGAACUAUAUUAAGCUGCUGCAUGAAUCAUUUGAUAUGUUGACGCUAGAAUCUGCAACACCUUUUGGCUGCUGCAUACUAUAUACCCAUAUUGACUCUAAUAUUACUCUAGAAGAACUUACCCAAUAUUGCGUAGGUUACGCAAGUCAGCAAAGCACAAAGCGAACAUACACUAUUGUAGAGAAUAGUGGUGCAACCUACUGCUGCACUAACAGCACCCCUGAUACCUUUUGGUAUUUACUUUUAAAAAUUCAAAGGACAUCCAUGACGACUUGUUCUGACACCCCUAAAUCAAACAGACACCUCUCGCCUUGGGAAGAACACAAUCACUUUAUUAAGGCAGCAGCUAAUGUAUAUAAGAGCUUGGAUUUAUGUAAGCCAUGUUGGGUGUGUGGCCAUACGCCACAUGCUCAUGACAGAGGGUACCCCUAUUUCCCUAAAGUAUUGACGAAAAAAGACUUGCUGUACAUCAUCAGACAUAAUGUUGGUUUUUACUUUCUAAUAAGCAAUGACACAAGUGAGGUCCCCAAGAUCUUCUUAAGUGAAGAUACUAGGGACAGACCAGGUGCAGUUAAGCUGCGCAUGGGGGAAUGGGAAUACCCUGACGACUUAGAAUAAGUAGUGACUAUUAAUGUUUACCAAAAAUACUACACUGACCAUAACUACCAACCGAACGUCCGACCUAGCAGUUAUGUAACUACCAUGGCAUUAUCCCCUUUUUACACAGGAUGGAGUUUUGACUAUUUUAAUGGGAUGGAAAAUGGUGAGAAAAGAACCGAGGGCAGAUGGAAGUAUGUCCUAG